GCGAGGGCCGCGCCGGGGCAGAGCCGCGCGGGCGGGCGGAGGCGCACGCUGGCCACUGGAGGUCCGUAUCGCCGCCGCCCGCCGUGCACGUGCGGCAGCUGCCGUGUACCGAACUCCCGCCGCGCGGCCGCUUUGUUGCCUCCCGGCCGCCGGCACCAUGCACACGCCGGCCUCCGCGGGCUCGGGCGACGCACGCGCGGUUGACAUCAUGGACAUAUGCGAGUCAAUCCUGGAGAGGAAGCGGCACGACAGCGAGAGGUCUACGUGCAGCAUCUUGGAGCAGAACGACAUGGAAGCUGUCGAGGCUCUUGUUUGCAUGAGCUCCUGGGGUCAGAGAUCCCAGAAAGGGGACUUGUUAAAGAUAAGACCCCUCACACCUGUCUCUGACUCUGGGGAUGUUUCCACCAUUGUGCACGUGGACGCAGCCACACCCGCGUUACCAAAGGACUUCCAUUCUUUAUCAACUCUGUGCAUGACUCCUCCUCAGAGCCCUGACCUCCUGGAGCCAUCAACAGGGACAGUUGUUCCUUCCCAAGUAACUGAUUGCAAAGCACCCAUGGUCGUGGCUGUCCCCCCAGCCUCUACUGGGGCAGCCGGAGUACCGAGCAGGAGGUCAGAGAGGGCCCUGCCUGGUUUGAAGCCAGAGCUGCCGGAGCCAGCUGUCAGCCCUCACUGCAGGGCCACGGUGACAAGUGUCAUUUGCCACACUGGGGGGUGUCCUGCUUCUGCCCACGUUCCUACCACCCAGACUCAAGCACACCAACUUUCAGCCAACGCGGGAGGAGAAGCGCAGUUUCUGGGGCCUGUUGAAGCUGUGCAGGACGCACACCUCACACGCAGCGUGCUCAGCGUUAACUCAGCGUCCUGUCAGCCUUGUUUGCACAAGUCCAGUGGCCUGAGGCCCCCCGACAAAGGCCAGCAGGCAGGGUGGCCUGUUGCAAUUCAGACCUGCUCACCAAAGAAUUACGAAAAUGACUUGCCAAGGAAAGCCACCCCUCUGAUUUCUGUCCCCAUUCCUAGUCCCCCUGUCCUUUGCCAAAUGAUCCCUGUGACUGGACAAAGUGGCAUGUUACCAGCUUUUUUGAAGCCACCUCCCCAAGUGUCUGCAGGGACUGUCAAACCCAUCUUACCCCACGCUGCUCCAGUGCCCCAGCCUGUGUUUGUGGGACCGUCUGUGCCUCAGGGAACUGUGAUGUUGGUUCUGCCCCAGGGGGCCCUCCCGCAGCCUGCCACGUGUUCCUCGAGUGGAAUGGCUGUUGGGAAUACCAAGUUACUGCCCCUUGCCCCUGCUCCGGUGUUCAUCGCAUCCAAUCAGAACUGCGCCCCUCAGGUAGACUUUUCCCGAAGGAGGAACUAUGUUUGCAACUUCCCAGGCUGCCAGAAAACCUACUUCAAAAGUUCCCACCUCAAGGCUCAUCUUCGCACUCACACAGGAGAGAAGCCUUUCACCUGUAGCUGGGACGGCUGUGAUAAAAAAUUUGCUCGUUCAGAUGAACUCUCUCGCCACCGCAGAACUCACACUGGGGAGAAGAAGUUUGUAUGCCCAGUGUGUGAUCGGCGUUUCAUGCGCAGCGACCACUUGACAAAGCAUGCCCGGCGCCAUAUGACCACCAAGAAGGUCCCUGGUUGGCAGGCGGAGGUUGGCAAACUGAACAGAAUUGCCUCAGCAGAGAACCCUGGGAGCCCACUGGUGUGCCUGCCGGCCUCUGCAUGAAAGGUCCUCCAGGGAAUUGUGGAUGGGAAUUUUUCAAAGCCUUUUUUCAGGAAUGGAAGUGAUGGUUUUCUCUCCAAAAGAAAUUGUCUUGAGGGCUAGGGGAGCUGGUUCUGAUGAAAGUAUGUUAACUUGUCUUUUUUGGUGGGGAACCCUGUUCAGUAUCUUUUGUAGUUUCAGAAGUUCUUUUAAGGAAAAUGGAAGAAAAUUUGAUAAUUUAAAUCACCAGCAUUCAAACAAACAUUUCGGCAGGGGCUUCCCUGGUGGCACAGUGGUUGAGAAUCUGCCUGCCAAUGUAGGGGACACGGGUUCGAGCCCUGGUCUGGGAAGAUCCCACAUGCCGCGGAGCAGCUAAGCCCGUGAGCCACAACUACUGAGCCUGCGCGUCUGGAGCCUGUGCUCCACAAGAAGAGAGGCCGUGACAGUGAGAGGCCCGCGCACCGCGAUGAAGAGUGGCCCCCGCUUGCCACAACUAGAGAAAGCCCUCGCACAGAAACGAACACCCAACACAGCCAAAAAUAAAUAAUAAAUAAAUUAAAAAAAAAACAUUUUGGCAAUAAAUUUUACAAAAUCUGGAUUUUUUGGAUUUUUUUUACAACCUUCCUAUUCCUGUUUUGUAGAAAUGAGACAGGUUACUAAUUUUUAUACUGUUUUUUAUAAAAAAAUACAUUGUUGGUUCUCAAAUCACCAGUUUCUAUAUAGAUGAUUUUACAAUCUUCUAUGUUUAACAACAUUUUUAUAAUAACCCUACUUUUAGUAAAGUUGGCACGUUAUUCAGACAAAAAAACUUUAUAACUUUGUAAUCAGGCCUCUUAGAUAUAAGAAUUUUUUAGAAUCAGAACUGGUUGAAUAGGGGCCUCGUAAAGAAAUGGGGGGAAAAACUUUGCAGUCAGCGUCUUCAUAACAUUUUCAAGGGAAAUUCCAGACAACCAUUUCUUUAAGGCUGUAGCCCAAGGAAUUAAAAUUUUCGUUAAGUAGAACUUAGUCACCUGUGUCCAUGGUGUGACUUGUGAAGAAUGUACCCCAGAGAUAAAAUACUCGGUAGAUACCUGGUGAGCAGAGAGCUGCUGUAGGGUCUGAGUGUCUGUACUCUGCUGAGAGCAGACCAUUCAGAGUCUCCUGUUUGUACCUCAAACCCCCAAAAAAGAAAAUAUAAGCACUCAAACCCAGCUGCUUUGUCAGUUGUCAGUUUGACUUCUUUUGUUGUGGCCUUAUCCAAGUGUUUUGUGGGUAGAGUAACUUCUUAGAGAAAAAGAUGUCCUUAGUAGUUGGAGGAACUUUCCACCAAAGUAAAGCUUAGGUGAAGCGGACAUGCAAAUGGUCCAGCUCCAGUGUUCUGAUUAUUUAUUAAGUAUUAAGAACGAUGGGGAAUGCAAGUUACAGUAAGCGGCAGUAAUACUACCAAGCUGUCCUUUCAUUCAUUUUGUUUGAAGGAAAUUGUUUUGAUCAAACAGAAAAUUACUUGGAAUGGGGUAUUUUGCAAUCUGCCUAGAAAAUAGACCAUGGGCAUCACUUUGAAGCUGUGAGCACAGGUCCUAGCAUUACAGAGACUGCGCCCCAGUGUCCAGGUGUCCAGGAAGCUGCUGAGACUGCUUUUGUUGGGCAGCAUUGGGAAUCCAGGCAAGAGAGUGCAUGUAAGGAACACGGUGAUACUGCUCUGCCCUUCGAGCCUGGGAAUGGUUUUUAUUGUGCCGUAUGUAUUUAGAUUUUUGUCUUUGCCUCUUAUUUAUUUGCAUUUACCUUUAUGAAAAUGACGGUAAGGUGAAAUAUUGAAUAAAUACAGUCAGGUUUUGUGUUCAGGUCUUUUUAGUCUAAUAACCCUUGCCUGGUCAUUCAUUGUAUGUUACUUGAUACCCAUGAAGUAUCAACUGCUAAUUGACACACAGGUCUGUAAGCCCCGGCUGUGUGUUUGGUAGGCUUCCAUGUCUUUGGAGACUUCAGUAGUUGAGUAUUCCUACUGGUCAUGAGACGUGCUACAGUUGGAAGAGAACCAGAAUUCAAUGUCUAUAGCUUGUGAUUCCCCACCACCCAGUUCUUUCUUGCACUCAUAUCUUAAAUCAGCAUAAACAUUUCUAUGUGUAUGCUGUAAGUGGCAUUAAAUUUGGAUAUUUUUCUUAAUUAUACGAAGUAAUGUUAGUCCUACUAAUGUUCUGGUGGAUAAUACAGCGUCUUUGAGUAUUUGGUUGCUUGUCACCUUGAACAUUCUCUGAGCAGUGUUGUUGCUAAAGGAUAGAUGUGUUAAAAAAAAAAAAAGGUUUUGAUUUACACUUCCAUUUCCUGAUUAGACUUUGAAAUACCUUCUGUAAACAACAUUUUUGGCCCUCUGUUGAUUGAAAGAUUGUAAAUUGGGAAACAGCUUCAUCUGAAAAAUGCAACGUGAGAACCAGAACCCCGCGGUGCGUGUUCAGCGUGGAGUCCCUCCGCUGCGGCCCGGGCAUUGGAGGAGGGCGUGGGCGGCACGUCCCCCAGUGCACUUUACUGCCUGAGCAAUUUUGCUUGAUCUUUUUUGACUUUGAGCCUUUCAAGUAGUUAAUAAAAUUGUAAAUGUUUCAGAAUUAUGUUUUAUGUAACAGACUUUGACUUAUUAUUUAAAUGAAUAUGUGUGAUGUAACUUUUUUCUUUGGAUCCUAUAAAACUUUUUUGAUUUGCAAACUG